AUGGCUGCCACGAUCAAUAGUAACGAUAGUAAGCCGACAGAGGAAGAUAUUCAGCUCAAACCCUGGAAGUACAUCGGCUACGAAGGCUAUUCAAGUUUCCUUGCUUCUGACGAUGAAUUUUAUGUACUAAGACGUUUCAAUAGCCUUAACGUUCGGGUUGCCUUAUCGCUUCAAGAUGAGAUAUCUGUACUAGAGAAGGAAUUAUCGAAGAUCGAUGAAGACUAUAGUAGAAAGGGCGCAGCAGACGUUAACAAUGGGACGUUAAGACAUGAUCAGAUAGACCGCGCGGAACUCUUGAAUAGGAUCAACCCGAAGAUACGAUACUAUAAUGACUUCAUCAUGCAGCAAACUGCGAUGAACAAAUACCAGUCAGCACCGAGGCGGGUAAUCAAAUCGAUACGCAACUGGCAUUACAACCACGAAUAUCUUGCGAUAGAUAAGGACGAGCAGAGUUACUUGGAGGAUGAAAAGGACUUGAUUUCAAUAGUGUCAAAAGAUAAAUUGCCCGUUCGACGACUAAUCGAUCAUUCGCGGCGACUACGAACAUUUUCGAUAUGGAAGCGGGAUAGCCCAGAUAUUCCUGACUACGACGCCGAUUUUGUGUCGUAUUAUUCCGAUAAACGUAUCGACCAAUUUGCCUCUGGUAUUAUCGUGGCAGCAGGAGUUAUCAUGCUCAUCGCCCCUAUCUGGAUUCUUCAAUGGCUUCAGAACCAAGUAUAUAAACUCGUUGUCAUUACUCUGUUUGUCUUCGUCUUUCUGCUCACGCUAUCGCUCGCCAUGGCCACAAAACCGUUUGAGGCCUUGGGCGCAACCGCCGCGUAUGCUGCAGUCUUAAUGGUGUUCCUACAGCUCGGAGGUUCUAGUUAG